CAUUAUCCAUACCUCAAAUCGCUCCAGCUAAGGUAGACGAUGAUGAUGGUUUUGAUAAAAUGCUGAUGGAAGCUUUUGAGGAAGAAGAGGCUAAGAUAAAGGAAGAAAGUCAGAACCAACCGUCAUCAAAUGUAGCGAUUCCAACUAAGGAAGAUAUAAUAAGUGAGAAAGACGAAUCUUUACCCAAAGAAGCGGUAGAUGUACCCGAUGAUGACAAGGAUUUCUACAAUAACGAAGAAGAAUACAAUUUCGGCAGAGUAUUCUCCGAUAAUAACAACGAUGAA